AUUCGAGCAUUUGAUUUGAGUUUCAUAUUUUUUUCAUCAAUAAUGUCUUCUUCCGUGAUUGAUGAUGAGGAGAAAAAAGUUGAAGAUGAAUUGUUUGAAAAAUAUAAAAAUAUAAUUCCCGAAGAAUUAUUUCGUGGAACAACACCCGAUGAUAUUGGUGAACAAUGUUUUAAACUUGCUAAAAUUUAUAUGGCAAAUAAUAAUGAUUGGAGACGGUUAUGUCGAACAAAAGAUGAUUUGAAUAUCCGUCGUAUUACCGGUGGUCUUACUAAUCAACUAUAUUAUGUUGGAUUGAAGAAUCAUUCCGAUGAAACAAAUAAUGCUAUAACAAUAAAAUUCUAUCAAAGUAAACAUUUUAAAAAAGAUGAUAACGAUGAUGAACGUCUGAAUGAUACAAUUAUUUCAAUAAUAAUGAGUGAAAGAGGUUUAGGACCAAAAGUAUUCGGUAUUAUACCGAAUGGUAUCAUACAAUCAUAUCAUGAGCAUGAACGAUUCGCUCCGAAACAUCAACAAAAUGAUCGAUUGUUACGAAAACUAGCGCAUUGUUUAGCACAGCUGAAUAGUUUGGAUAUUCCGAUCGCGAAGGAUAAAUUCAAUCUUCUUGAUAUAGUAAUCAAUUAUAUUCAUGAUGGAUAUCAUCGUAUAAACGUUUCAUCAUUGGCCAAAGAAUUAAAUCUGACUGGUUUGCUUGAAAAUGAUUUUCUUGCUGAAAUGGAUUGGUUUUAUUCAUUUAUGGAACAGUACGAUAAUCAAUGCCCGAUGGUUUUCUGCCAUAAUGAUUUUCGUAGUAGCAAUAUAAUGGUGUUAAAAGAUAAUGAAGAAUUACUUCUUUGUGAUUUUGAAUAUGGUGCAUAUGGAUUUCGUGGAUACGAUUUAGCAACAUUUUUAAUAGAAUGGGGUAGGAACAUAUUUGAUUUUCAAAAUCUAAAUCUACCAUCGGAUGAUGUUCUUGAAAAAUUUAUUCGAUUUUAUCUUGAAGGAUGGGACCAAAUCGAUCCCGGCUAUUCGACAAAAGCAGAAAAUUCAUGCCAAAAUAUCAUGAACGAAACAAAAAUUGGCUACUUUUUUUGUCUCGUUGUUUUUAUUGGUGUUACUUUAAAUCAAAAAGAAGCAAUUAUUGAAAAUUUUGAAUAUGAUCCUAAACAAAUUUGUACAGGUGUGAAUUAUAUGUUCAAACAAUAUCUAAACAUUAAGAAUUCAUUGAUUAAAGAAAAAAUUAUUCAAUUUUAAUGAUUAAAUGAUAAA